AUGGAUGCUCCAGAGGAGAUCUGGGAAUAUGAGCCUGCGUUUGGCAUGACCAAGACUUUCAGGAUCGAGUCCAGAAAGUACUCCAUCGUGGAUGAAGAGAUCGUCCGGGGCAUCUCUCUGCGCAGAUCUCUGUCGGGAUGCGCACGGGUCUGGCGCUACAAGCCGGCCACCUGGAAGCCGGAGUAUCGUGCUGCCUUGUACGAGCUCUCACGGAACGUGGCGUUCUUCGACGUAUUCCUUUCACACACGUGGCAGACAGCCGGAUGGCAUAAGAUGCUGGCUCUCUCCUUCCAGUGCGGCUGCUGGAACACUCUUGCCCUCUGGUGCGUUGCGGAAAUCACGGCUAUGGCGCUGUGUCUCACGGACGUGCUGCCGAUGCCCUUUGUGUACGAGGCAAAUGUCAUGGGCUUCACCCAAGACUGUCCCAUGGGCCUCUGGACUAUCACCUUUGGCUCCCUGGCCCUUUUCCUAGGCUUGCUCCUGACACCCUACCUGCCGGACCGCUGCAGUCAGUCUGAUGUGGGCUUCAUCGAUGUCGCCAGCAUCGAUCAGCAGGACCCUCGGCUGAUGGAGCGAGGCAUCUACGGCAUCGCCGGAUUCUUGAGCGUUUCCUCGGAGCUGCGCAUCCUCUGGAGCUCCCCAUACCUGUCUCGCCUUUGGUGCGUUUUCGAACUUGCAGCAUACAAGAAGGUCAACCCGAGGGGCAUCAUCAGCUUCCGGCCACUCUUCGUUGAGAGGAUCAUGCUCGUGCUGAUGAUCGCUUCAGUGGUCUUUGGUUUCUGCGUGGUUCUGGCCAGGUCGGGCACCGGAGGGAGUGGCAUGCUCUACCUCACCUACGUCGUGUUCGUGGUUCCUUACGGGCUUUCGGCAGUCCUGCUGAGGAGGAACUACCGAGAGAAGCACGCGCUGCGCCGGGAAAUGGAGCACUUCGACCUGAACCAGGUUGCAUGCUCGACGGACUUUGAUAGACGAUUCAUCCAUGCAGCGAUCGAGAAGUGGUAUGGGAGUAAGGAGGCCUUUACAGAGCACGUGCGGCAGGAUCUUCGACGUGAGCUGGAAUCCAGCCUGGCAACCAGCUGCUUCCCGCUUCCCUACCUUCUCCUGUUCUUCGCGACUUUGUUGAGUGCCAGCUUCGAAUUCUUCUUGGCCCUAUGGAAAGGUGGAGCACCACUUGAAUGCUUACUGUCCUUUGCUGUCGGAAUCCUUGUUGGAAUGGACAUCUUUGUGGGUGCUGCCUGCAUUGUGCUGAUGACGCGCCUGUGCGAUCGCUUUGCCCCACGUCGCUUCGGACACUUCGACCAUCUGCAGACGUUCGUGAUCUUCCUGAUUAUAGUCACUAUGUUUGGUGCCGGAAAUUCCCUUUCCAUUGCGGCCUAUACUUACAGCCUGGAAUACGCGCUUCUCUACGCGUUGGCCGCUUUCAUAGUGUGCGUCUUCGUCGUGUGGCUUGACCGAGCCGCCGUGUGA